UACACCUUUAGCGUCGUUUAGAACUAAAAGAAGGAGAAGGACAAUAACAACAUCAGUAGUUCUCAUCGGAUCUCGGAAAGCGGGCUGUGUCUACUUCCCAAGUUUCAGUUGGAACUAACCUCGACACCAGUCGCUAUGCAAGAUGUGGAAGAGGUGGUGUUGAUGACCAUUACUGACCAGAAGAUGGAUGAUGUUUCUUCUGUCAAGGAGGAGGAGGAUGUCAAAUCUGUAUUGGUGACUACGGAAUUGAGCCAACAUAUGGGGGAGGAGGUUGUGGAGAUUGCACCAGAGGAUCUGGAUGUUGAGUCCUGCACCGCAGAUGCUCUGUCAAAGCAAGAGGCGGUCUAUGUGAAGUUAACAGAAGAGGUCGACGUGGAAUCGGAUAUCUACUACCCAAUCACCUGUGGCGAUACAAAGGCUAUUCUAGUCUGGAAGAAGUUUGUGUGCCCUGGCAUUAACAUCAAAUGCAUACAAUUAAAUGAACAGCUGGUCAGCCCAAAGGAGUUUGUCUGUUUAGCGGGGAAAUCCACGCUGAAGGACUGGAAGAGAGCCAUCCGGCUCAAUGGCACCAUGCUCAGAAAGAUCAUGGACUCUGGUGAGCUGGAGUUCUACCAGCAUGCCAAGGUGUGUUCCAACACAUGUCGCAGCACUAAGAUAGACCUGGUGGGAAGCAAACUAUCCGCCAUCAGCCAGCAGUCUGCUGAGUUUAUUGCUGUCACACCUUCAUCAACAAUUUUGAACGGACAAUCGCCGUCGUUCUCGGACGCAGAGGAGAGCUCAGAGUGGGUCACAGCCAUCGGAGAGGACUCGGUUGUAUUCUGGUGUGGGGUAAAGCAGGCCGGCCUGCUGGACGACGUGGUGGACGACUUCCGGACGGAGCUGAAGCAGCUGUUGACCAGCAUGCAUGAGAGGGUCUCCGAGCCACCGCUACUGGUAAAAGACGUGAAUUUGCUGGACAACAUAGUGCAGAACUUUGGGAUGCUGGACCUGGUGAAGAAGGUUCUCGCGCGUCACAAGAGCCAGAUGGACCACUACAGGGAGCAGUACACCCAGAGCCUGGCUGCUCUGGAGCAGCAGUGCGACGAGCACCGGAAGCGCGCCAAGGAGCUGAAGAGCAAAGCGCAGCACCUGGACAACGUCCUGAUGACCUUCAGCCCCGCCCCGUCCCCGCCCGCGCCCAAGCACCCCCGGCUGAGCCGCUGCCUGUCGGCGCCGCCCGCCGCCUCCCCGCCCCCCCAGAUCACGCUGUCCCUCAACCAGCUGGCCGGCCUGGGGAAGGUGUUCACUUUGGCGGGCUCCCCCGUGGCGGGGAACCCCCUGGGCGGCUACACCGUCCUGUCCCCCGGCGGCCCGGCGGCGGAGCAGGCGCCCCUCUGCCACCCCUCUAACCUGACCCUGCUCUCCGCUACCCCCGGGGGGCCGGGGGGCGGCGGCGGCCCCAUGACCUUCCUCAAGGUCCUCGGCCCGCAGUACCAGCUGCUGACGCUCCCCCCCGUGCUGGGGGGCACUCUGCAGGGAGCGGGCGUAGCGCAGAGCGCCGCCGCGCCACGGCCACUCGGUAGCAGCGUGGCGCUACACGCACAGGUGAGAGCGCCGGCUGGUCCUGAGGUGUGCUGCGUCGGGGACCCCCAAAAGGUCGCCGUGGAAAUGGAGUCGGAGGAAGACCAAGAGUGCUGAGGUUGUUGGAGAGAGACGGCUGCUGAGCUUUCUACCGUGUAUGUAAAUAAAGAAACAAGAGAUUCCCCUCGUUUGCGACAGAGACGGCAAAGUAUAAUUCCACCUACUCUUUAUACUGGACACUUCAAAUGUAUGUUCUAUUUUUGAUUGCCCGACUGUGAUCUGAGCUAAAUUCAUCCGGUCACUGGCUGUUUGUUUCAUCUUGCACUGUGCUAUAUCCAGAUGUCUCUGUGGGAAAUCUACUUUGUGCAGGCUGGUAAGGUGAAAUGUAUUGAAUGCCAUAGCAAAUGCUGUCUUUUGUGUGAGUUCAAUCUAGUUCCACCGUCCUUUUUAAAUUAGUUCAAUUAUUUUUACAAUGUUGAAUGUUGUUACAGUUGAUGUUGGCUAAUUAAAUUCAGGUAUGUUUUAGAAAAGGUGCAUCUAAAUGAACAUGAAGCUCAUUCGUACGAUGCGGUCUGGCUAAAGGCCCCUCGGCGCUGGCUGAGGCACCCCUGGGUGUAUGAAUGUCAAUGACAACGUUCUCACUUUUUGCCUUUGGGGUUUUCCAACCUACUUCAUUGUUGAAAAGUUGCCUUUUUUUUCCGAUCACAAUGACGGAUAAAUUAUAAACAGCCACCAGCAUCUUGCCCUGUAUAAUAUAGAUAUUUUUAAAUCUUAACUCACAAAAGAAAACACUAUCACGCUUUAUAUUCAUUGCACUGCCUUCAAUAGGGUGGUAGAAGAUUUGUGGCAUAGGGAAAUUGGAUGGGAGGUUAUUUCUCACUUUCUCACUGGGUUCAUGUUCUGAUGCCUCAUUGUGAUUGGCCACACCUGGUUGUCUACCAGAGAGCCAUAACCGUUGGCGAUCUGCAGGUACCAUGGCAUGACCUCAUGACGCCACUCUCAUCUCGCACAUUCACACUACGAAAAGGCAGAUCGGCCAAUCAGCGCUAGAGGGAGAGGUAGUUUUAGUUCAAGAUGAAGGAAGGCGCAGGCAACCCACUAUGCAGGUUCUUUGAAACAAUGGUGCCUCCGCAGGAAUUUCUGGCAUUCUUAACUGCAGGUAACCCGGAACAUUGAGGGUAAAUUAAUAAAACAUUAAUUAAUAUGAGUAAAUGCAGUAAUAAGCAUUAUGUAGCAUUAUUCUAGGAAUUAGGGUUUUUUGUUAAAUGUUAAUCUGAUUGCACUUGCACGUCAUCUCCAAUUCUCACUAGUUUUUAGGAUUUGCCAAUCUGAGGACAAUUAACCUCUGGGGGCAACGGGAAGAACAGUGGAGAGGGGUUCCUGCGGAAGCGUGUUCCCUUGGAGACGGGUUUCCAGAGACGGGUUCAAGUGGAGACGGUUCAUGGGUAUAUCGGGCUAAGACUUACAUGUGCAGGGAUUUUAGGUUUGAUAUUUCAACCUGCAUACCUCUAUAAAAGGAUAUCAAAGCCUACUCAAACUGCAAUAACUAAUUGGUCAAUAGUUAAUUAAUCUCCCACUGUAUUGUGAAGUUUUACCAACAGUUUUAUCUGAAAUGCAGUUAAUCGAAGUGAUUAUUUUCCCUUUUUCCUGCAUUUUAUCAAAGUUAAAAUAUUUUAGGUAUUUGAAAAAAGUCCAUGGGCUAUUUUUACAAUACAACACAAAUACACCUUCCAACAUACACGCUACUGCACACGUUGAAUACUUUAUAUAUUAAGGUUUCCAGUAAAGAUUUUCCAAGACGUCUUUAUUUGACAAAUUAGACAGUGUGGCUCAGCAAGUGCAGGCAAAGAAUCUAUUCUCAGUGGAGGAGACCCACCAGUUGCUGUCCUUGGUGCUGGAUACUGACCAGAGGAUUGACAGCUGGGGAUUCAUGGACUGUUUGGAAAACUGCUUAUCUUCCCGUCCACCACAUGAGAUUGGACACAAAAGAAGCACCUUCAAUCGGAUUUGCAUAUUGGUUGAAAUAAAAUGUUCAAUACCUUGA